AUGCGGGACGCUGGAGUGGACGUGGACGGGGCGGAGGGGGACCGCUUGCCUCCUGGACACACCGUGAGCCAGCUGGAGACCUGUAAGAUCCGCAGUAUCCGGGCCGGGACCCUGGAGCGCCUGGUGGAAACCUUACUGACCGCCUUUGGGGACAAUGACCUCACCUACACCUCCAUCUUCCUGUCCACUUACCGAGCAUUCGCCAGUGCGCACACCGUCCUGGAGCUGCUGCUGGACAGGUAUGGAAGUUUGGAGGAAAAUACAGAAACGAGUCGAUGCCAAGGUUCCGAGACCAGGGGCGCAAUCAGAAAUGUCCUGGGCUCCAUACUGAGGGCCUGGUUGGAUCAGUGCCCAGAGGACUUCCAGGAGCCCCCAGAGUACCCCUCUCUCCAACGCCUCAUCCAGUACUUGCGGAAGGCCCAGCCAGGCUCCGAGACCCUGAAGCGGGCCGAGGGGCUUCUGCUGCAGCUACAGAGUCAAGCCAUGGAUGAAGUAGAUGGUUUCCAUGGUAACUCUUCCUUCUGCCUGGGCGAGGAGGAGGAAGUGGAGAUGGAGGCUCAGGAGAAUUUCCUGUGCUUCCACGCCGACCUGGUGGCGGAGCAGCUGACCUACAUGGACGCGCUGCUGUUUAAAAAGGUCGUGCCACACCACUGCCUGGGAUCCAUCUGGUCUCAGCGGGAUAAGAAAGACAGCAAGCACAGCGCGCCCAGCAUCAAAGCCACCAUCACGCAGUUCAACGCCGUGGCCGCCUGCGUGGUCAACACGGUGCUCAAACACAGGCAGAUCCGGGCCCACGCCAGGGCCAGGGUCAUCCAGAGGUGGAUCGAUGUAGCUCAGGAGUGCAGAAUACGAAAGAACUUCUCAUCGCUGCGAGCGAUCGUGUCGGCGCUGCAGUCCAACCCUUUGUACAGGCUCAAGAAGGUGUGGACCUGCGUCCACAAAGACAGCAUGCAGACGUUUGAGGAGCUGUCGGACAUCUUCUCUGACCACAACAACUACCUGACCAGCAGAGAGCUCCUCAUGAGGGAAGGCACUUCAAAGUUUGCCAGUCUGGAGAGCUGCGCCAAGGAACACCAAAAACGCACCCACAAAAGACUGCAGCAGCAGAAGGAACUGGGAGAAAUGCAGGGGACCAUCCCAUACCUGGGCACCUUCCUCACAGACCUGACCAUGCUGGACACUGCUCUGCCCGACCGAGUGGAGGGUGGCCUCAUUAACUUUGAAAAGAGACGAAGGGAGUUCGAAGUCAUCGCUCAGAUAAAGCUGCUGCAGUCGGCCUGUAACAGCUACUGUCUGCACCCAGACCCCAGCUUCCUGCGCUGGUUCAAGAGCCAGCCGCAGAUCAGCGAAGAAGAAAGCUACGCCUUAUCCUGUGAAAUUGAAGGGCUCGGUGACAGCAGUCCAACUUCACCCAAACCUCGGAAAAGCAUGGUGAAAAGACUGAGCCUGCUGUUUCUGGGAGCGGACAGUAGUUCUGCCAGUUCUCCAGUGAAAGACACGCCCCGCUCGCCCCCUACCUGCAGCUCUGGGGAGAGCAUGGACUCCGUCAGCGUGUCCUCCAGCGAUUCAGGCGGCCCGUCCGACAGCGAGGGUCUCACGCCGGUCCAUUCCAGCUUCGUGCACGUUAAGCUGUCAGACUCUUCCUCCUGCGCUUCUUUGCACUCCACGGACACCGCCUCGUCCAGCACCAGCGUUCCCUUGGUGCCCGUGUCCCCGCCUCACGUGGGACACACCCAUCGCCGCUCCGCCUCCCUCACCCCGAUGUCGCCCACCUCCCCCACCACCCAGGCCCUGCUCUACAACACCCAGGCCCAGGACGCGUGCAUCGUGCGGGUCAGCUUGGAGCACGGCAACGGGAACCUGUACAAGAGCAUCCUGUUGACUAAUCAGGACAAGACUCCGACUGUGAUCGCUCGAGCUAUGGCCAAACACAACUUGGAUGUAGAGCCAGAGGAGGGAUAUGAGCUGGUGCAAGUUAUUUCUGAUGACAAAGAGCUCGUGAUCCCGGACAACGCCAACGUGUUUUACGCCAUGAACACGUCUGCAAACUUCGACUUCCUGUUGCGACUGCGGGGCUCCACGGGGCGACCAGUGCGUCUGCGCAGCCGCUGCAGCUCUGCGGUGCCCCACAAACCGCACCGCUCCAGCCUGUCCCUGCGCCUCAGCAAAGUGACUCUGUGA